AUGGAAGUCAGAUCGGUAGCGCAGCGGCGGGCAGCAGCCAGGCACGUCGCGCUGCUGGCCGUGCUGCUGCCGGUGUGCUGCCGGGCGGCGCCGGAGCGGCUGCGCUAUGCGAUUCCCGAGGAGACGGGCAGCGGCUCCCUGGUGGGGCCGCUGGCGCGGGACCUGGGGCUGAGCCGGACAGACCUGCCGGCGCGGAAGCUCCGCAUUGUUUCGGGUGAUGAAAAGCAAUACUUUUCUCUCGGAGACGAUAAUGGAAGCCUGCGUGUGAAUGAGAGGAUAGACCGGGAGGAUAUCUGCGGGGACAUGUCGCCCUGUGCCCUCAGUUUGGAAGCGAUCGUAGAAAACCCAUUCAAUAUAUUUCCUGUGAGCGUUACUAUUCAGGAUAUCAAUGACAACGCGCCACGAUUCGGCAGAGAAUUUGUGGACCUAGAAAUAGUAGAAUCCACACCUCCAGGAGCGAGAUUCCCACUGGGGAGUGCUAGAGACCCCGACAUCGGUACUAACUCACUGCAAAACUACCAUCUUACCACCAAUCCACUAUUUUCUUUAGUAGUGAAGGAGAGUCCCGAUGGCAAGAAACAAGCGGAACUGCUACUGGAGAAACAGCUGGAUAGAGAAAACCAAGAAAAUCACCAUUUGAUACUGACAGCUGAGGAUGGUGGGGAUCCAGUCAGAUCCGGGACUGCACACAUUAGGAUUAAUGUGACCGACGCCAACGACAAUCCCCCAGUUUUCACUGAGGAGAUCUACAAGGUCCAACUGGAGGAAAACUUGCCUGAGGGCUCCUUAGCUUUCCGGGUGGAAGCUACUGACAGUGACGAAGGUACAAACGGAGAAAUUAUCUACUCUUUCAGUGAUAUCGGAAACAGAGCUCGCCAACUUCUCAGUCUAGACCCCAGAACAGGGGACAUCAAGGUAAGUGGCACAUUAGAUUUUGAAGAGGCGAAAUAUUACGAGGCGACUGUUGAAGCCAAAGACGGAGGUGGGCUGAGUGGGCACGCCAAAGUCCACAUAGACAUUCUAGACGUGAACGACAACUCCCCGGCAAUUUCCCUCCUGCCUAUUUUGAACCCAAUACCCGAAGACUCGGCUCCAGGCACAGUUGUAGCAGUUAUCAAUGUUCGCGACAGGGACUCUGGCGACAACGGAGAUGUGAACUGUUACAUCGACGGCGAUCUGCCUUUUGGACUAGAAUCAGCUUCCAAACAUUCCUACAAACUAGUAACUCAAAACAGCCUGGACAGAGAAAAAACCUCUGAUUACAAUAUCACAAUCACUGCCAACGACGGCGGGAGCCCGGCGCUCUGCAGCCGCACGACGCUGGCGCUGGCCGUGUCGGACGUGAACGACAACGCGCCGGUGUUCGAGGAAGCGGCCUACAGCGCCUACGUGGCGGAGAACAACGCGGCGGGCGCGGCGGUGCUGCGCGUCCGCGCGCGGGACGCGGACGCGGGCGCCAACGGGCGCGUGAGCUACUGGCUGGCGGGUGGCAGCGCGGGCGAGGCGGCGGCGGCGCCCUACGUGUCGGUGGAGGCGCGGAGCGGCGCGCUGUACGCGCAGCGCUCCUUCGACUACGAGCAGUGCCGCGAGUUCGCCGUGGAGGUGAGGGCGCAGGACGGCGGGUCGCCGGCGCGCAGCUCGACGGCGACGGUGCGCGUCUUCGUGCUGGACCUCAACGACAACGCGCCGCAGGUGCUGUGGCCGGCGGCGGCGGCGAGCCCCGGCGCGGGCCCGUUCGAGGUGGUGCCGCGGUCGGCCGAGGCGGGCUACCUGGUGGCCAAGGUGGUGGCGGUGGACGCGGACGCGGGGCGCAACGCGUGGCUGUCGUACGAGCUGCUGCAGGCGACGGAGCCGGCGCUCUUCCGGCUGGGGCUGCACAGCGGCGAGGUGCGGACGGCGCGGGCCGUGUCGGAGCGCGACGCGGCCCGGCAGCGCCUCGUGGUGGUGGUGAAGGACCACGGGCAGCCGGCGCUGUCGGCCACGGCCACGCUGCACGUGGUGCUGGCCGAGAGCUUGCAGGAGGCGCUGCCGGCGCUGAGCGAGCGGGCGGCGGGCGCCGAGUCGCCGGCGGAUUUGCAGUUCUACCUGGUGCUGGCGCUGGCGCUGCUCUGCGCCUUGUUCGUGCUGAGCGUGGCGCUGGCCGUGGCGGCGCGGGUGCGGCGCGCCGGGCCGCCCGCCGUCCUGCGCUGCCUGGGCGCCGAGCGCUUCGCCGCCGCCGGCCCCGCCUUCCCGGCCGACUUCUGCGAGGGCACCUUGCCCUACUCCUACAACCUGUGCGUGGCGCCGGGCCGCGCCGUCGCCGAGUGCGCCUUGCUGCCGGCCCCGCUCCCCAGCCGCGCCGUCGACGAUCUUCUCAGCGGCGACCCGCCCGCGAUGCUGACGCCCAGCAGCAGCCGUGCCCCGGCAGAGCCGCCGUCGCACCCCGACGCAGUGCAGGUCUGUAAGCCGACCCCAGCCCUCUUCUCGCACCCUUCCUUAUCUUCACACCCCCCGCGUCUGCUCGUUUAG